CACACACACACACACACACACACACACACACACACGGCCGGUGCGAUGUUGACGCCCGAGUUUGAGCUGCAGCAGGAUGAUGGCCACGUGCUGCUGACCAUCCGUGCGCCCUAUGUCAAGGCCAAUGAUGUGGAUUGGUUGAUCGAUGGAAACGUGUUUCGGUUUCACAUCAAACCCUACUUUCUCCGGCUCUGCUUCCAACAAUCCCUCGCCAACUCGGGCCUCGAGCAAGUGGCCUACGACAUUAACACGGGUCACUUUACCUUUAAGCUUCCCAAGGAGACACCUGGCGAGCACUUUGAAGGCCUCGACUUGCACAACCUACUCUUGCGUUCCACCCAAGCCUCAGCCCAAGCCGCCGCCACCGCCACCCGCCCCAGCAUUGAGGUGCUCUCGAGCACCCCUGCCGCUGCCGAUCUCGAAGCCGCCGGUGCCGAGCCCGGUGCUGCUCCGGAAGAGGGGGGCGAGGACGAUGGGUUCGACUGGGAAGUGGAGCAAGAACUGGCUUCAACUCUGGGAAAUAUUCACGUGGGCCACCGUGAUGGCUACGGGUUUGACGCCAAACACACUGAUGUCGUCGGUCGCCUUCAAGCCAACGGCUUUCCUGAGUUGACACGCCUGGCCGACCCCGAGAAUGUAGACAACGAUCAACGCGCCCAGCUGCGGGUGGAUGCCGAAGAGGCCGAUUUUGAUGAAGAUUACUACUGGGCCGAAUGCGAGGACUUUUAUCAGCUGAUUGUCCCGCUGCUGCGUGCACCCGGACCACACGCCGAGUAUGUGGCGCAGUGUGCACGCCGGCACACCGACGCACGGUCGCAUACCUGCUAUGCCGUGGCAUGCGCUGGGCCUCGCUGCUACUCCAGCGCUUGUCGUGCCGUGCAUUUGAAGAAAGGCACGCCCGCGCCGCUGCCCAAGGCAUAUCGUGUGCGCUUGGAAGGAUUGCCCAAACGCGAGCUCCUGCCAACCAACACGGCCCCGACACUUUUGGUCAACAUUCUUGACCUCCUGCUCACUUACUGCUAUGAAUAUCGCAUUUGGGGCGGUGACUUGACUCCCGAAUCCGUCCGGACCAUGGCUCAGCUCUCGUCCACCCUCUCGCAUCUGCAGCUCUUCACACACGCCAAGGACGUGCUCCAGGCCUUUGGUCGUCGCGCGCUUUGCUACCCACUGCGCCGACACUGGGUCUUGGUGGUGGCCACCUUCCGAGAUGUACAAACGCUUUUUGCGGCCGGUAAACGCGCACUCGUCAUGGUCCUUCUUGACAUGAAGGCGCUUUUUGACAAAGACGAAGUCUUCUAUCCCUUUGUUGACCUAUUCCUUGUCGAUGCCAUUCUUUGGCUGCUCCAGCACUGCCCAGAGCGAGCUGUGGCCACUCUUGCCGAGUUUUUGGCGAGCGUGCCCCUCAGCCCACCUCAGUUUCGCGAUUUGCCCGAUGUUUCACAAUUUGAGCUUCCGGCCGCCGAGUCUGAGUCUGGCGAGUCCGAGUCCAACUCGGGUUCAGAUUCGGGAUCAGACGGCAGCGAGAGUGAUGAUGAGGGCGAUGACGCCAGUGCCACGGACAGUGAUGACGUCAGUGCUGGCGAGGCCAUCUAGCAAAAGAGUUGCAAAACCACAUUUACUUAAUGGGUCGGCAUGGCAGUGGGGUGGGAGAGUCUGGGUCACCAUUGUGUUGCUGUCCCGUUGCCUGCUCGCAGUGGAGUGGGUUGAGCUACUGCGUAGUGUCGCUCCUCCCCCCACCCUUUUAUUCUUUGGAGUUUCUUUGACAUGGUAUGUCUACCAAGCUUGUGAAUUGACGUGGGAAUAUGCGCACCAUCGACCUGGAACAAAGUCACCGACUUCAUCUCAACUGUCACGUCACUGGGGUACAACCCUGCAUCAGGACCAGAGCUGAAGUCAACUGGGGCUCUUACUCAAGGUAUUCUUGCAUAGUGGCCAAUCGCGACAUGAUAUCAUCAGCAGAGAACGCACAGCGCUCCAGGGCAAAGGCCAUUGCUCCACGCGACGAAUCAGCGAGCGUCGGCGAACCCAUGCCAUUGACAGACUGUCGGAAGUAAAGGACGCAUGUGAAAUCCCAGGAUCCUUCAGAGCUGAGGGCGCGAUGGACGCGGGGUUGGUUGUUUUUAGAUCUGCACGAACACACGCACCAAUUCAAUGCCGCUACU